GAGGACGGACACGAGGACGACCGCCGAGGGCCGCCGACGACACGAAGAUGCCGAGCGCGUCGUUUUCGUCGUCGCGCAGCUACGUGCGGAGGUCGCGUCGGAAAAACGGAGGAAACCGGAUCCCCCUGCCGUCGAGAACGGCCGAGCCAUGCGAUCUGCCGUGUCCGACGAUCAAUCCUCUCGUUCCAGUAGUAGUUGGCGGUGGAGGCGGAGGAAGUGGCGCACGAGGCUCGUCCCCUAGUGUAUCCGGAAUCGCUGCUCCCUCGCCGUCGCCCCAGUCGCACUCGUCGCCGUACGACCUGAGGCGCAAGAGCCCACCGCAUCCAGACCCAGCGCCCGGCACGAGUUCCGCCCUGCCGCCCUCGGGCGGCAUCGCCGCUACCUUCGGCUCGUCGUCCCUGCCGGCGAGGAAACGGCCGAGACGAACAUGUUCACUGUCCACGGAUGGUAUAAACACGAACACGGCGGCGCAUUACCUCCAGUACGAGCUACCGGACGAGGUGCUGCUCACGAUAUUCAAUUACCUUAUGGAGCAAGACCUUUGUCGAGUGUCGCAGGUCUGUAAGCGCUUUCAAGUGAUCGCGAACGACACGGAGCUGUGGAAGUCGCUGUACCAGCAGGUCUACGAGUACGAUUUGCCGCUGUUCAAUCCAGCGCCGUGUAAAUUCGAGUUUGUUUCGCCGGACGAGUCCGAGUACCAGAAUCCGUGGAAGGAGAGCUUCAGGCAGCUAUACCGAGGCUCGCACGUGCGGCCCGGCUUUCAGGAAUUGAAGUUCAAGGGCCGUAAUCUGCUGUAUUUCAACACGGUCCAGGGCGCGCUGGAUUACGUCGAUGAGUUCAAGACCAACAACGCCUCGGCGAGCAGCGGGGCUACGGCCGCGAGCGGGCAGGGUUGUUGCAAUAGCAAUUCGCAGACGAGCGGGGAGAACACUUCGACGCAGCACUUGGUCUUUUUACACGCCGGCACGUAUAGAGGAGAGUUUCUCGUGAUCGAUAGCGAUGUUGCGCUGAUCGGUGCCGCUCCGGGAAAUGUCGCAGAAUCCGUGAUUCUGGAACGGGAGAGCGAGUCGACGGUAAUGUUUGUGGAAGGUGCGAAGCGUGCUUACGCUGGACAUCUCACCUUGAAGUUCACGCCCGACGUGACGAGUACGGUGCCACAUCAUAAGCACUAUUGUCUGGAGGUUGGCGAGAAUUGCAGUCCCACCGUCGAUCACUGCAUCAUCAGAAGCACGAGCGUUGUUGGUGCGGCGGUCUGCGUGUCCGGAGUGGGUGCCAAUCCGUUAGUGAAGAAUUGCGACAUAUCGGAUUGCGAGAACGUCGGACUGUACGUGACCGACUAUGCCCAGGGCACGUACGAGGACAACGAGAUCUCGCGGAACGCCCUGGCUGGCAUCUGGGUGAAGAAUUACGCGAAUCCCAUCAUGCGGCGGAAUCAUAUCCAUCACGGUCGCGAUGUCGGAAUAUUCACGUUCGACAACGGGCUCGGUUACUUCGAGGCUAACGACAUUCACGACAAUCGGAUAGCGGGUUUCGAGGUGAAAGCCGGCGCUAAUCCUACCGUUGUUCACUGCGAGAUCCAUCACGGCCAGACUGGCGGUAUCUACGUACACGAGAACGGCCUGGGACAAUUCAUCGACAACAAGAUUCAUUCCAACAAUUUUGCUGGUGUAUGGAUCACGUCGAACUCUAAUCCGACUAUACGUCGGAACGAAAUAUAUAAUGGCCAUCAAGGUGGAGUGUAUAUAUUCGGCGAGGGUAGAGGUUUGAUCGAGCAUAACAACAUCUACGGCAACGCAUUAGCUGGUAUACAAAUCAGAACAAAUUCGGAUCCGAUCGUCCGGCAUAACAAGAUACACCACGGUCAGCACGGCGGGAUUUACGUGCACGAAAAGGGCCAGGGCUUGAUCGAGGAGAACGAGGUGUACGCCAAUACUUUGGCGGGCGUGUGGAUCACGACGGGCUCGACGCCCGUUUUGAGGCGAAAUCGAAUUCACAGUGGCAAGCAGGUCGGCGUAUAUUUUUACGACAACGGCCACGGGAAAUUGGAGGACAAUGAUAUUUUUAAUCACUUGUAUUCAGGAGUACAAAUAAGGACUGGCAGUAAUCCGGUAAUACGCGGUAAUAAAAUAUGGGGAGGACAAAACGGUGGCGUUCUAGUGUAUAAUAGUGGCUUAGGCUUACUCGAACAAAAUGAGAUUUUUGACAAUGCGAUGGCUGGCGUCUGGAUUAAGACCGACAGCAAUCCGACUCUUAAAAGGAACAAGAUAUACGACGGACGGGAUGGCGGAAUCUGUAUAUUUAACGGGGGCAAAGGUAUUUUGGAGGAGAACGACAUACUUCGCAAUGCACAAGCGGGCGUGCUUAUAUCGACGCAAUCGCAGCCGAUCCUGAGGAGGAACCGGAUUUUCGACGGCUUGGCAGCUGGCGUCGAAAUAACUAACAACGCCACGGCCACCCUGGAAUUCAAUCAAAUAUUCAAUAAUCGAUUCGGCGGUCUGUGUCUGGCGAGCGGGGUGCAACCGACGACUAGAGGCAAUAAAAUAUUUAAUAACCAAGACGCGGUGGAGAAGGCAGUUGGGAACGGCCAAUGUCUAUACAAGAUCUCAUCGUACACAUCCUUCCCCAUGCACGACUUUUACCGUUGUCAAACGUGCAACACGACGGAUCGCAAUGCGAUAUGCGUCAAUUGUAUAAAAACUUGUCACGCUGGCCACGACGUCGAGUUCAUCAGACACGAUCGAUUCUUUUGCGACUGCGGCGCCGGAACGUUGAGCAAUCAGUGUCAGCUGCAGGGCGAACCUACGCAAGACACGGACACGUUGUACGAUAGUGCGGCGCCUAUGGAAUCGCAUACACUUAUGGUCAACUAGGAACUAACCUAAAAUAAUUUAAACAAUCAAACAAUGUUUAGAGCCGUAAGUCCAGUAAUAUUGCGAGCACGCGCAGUAAAUCCAUUGCCGAGUUCUUUAUUAUAAUCUUCUCUUCACACACUCGUCAUUAUGUCGUGUUUGUUAUUCUUUAAAGAAAUUCUAUUUAUUAUGAUAAAUUUGUUUUUAUUGUUAAUAUAUAAUAUAUUACGAGAAUAUGAGUCGUGUAAAUCGCUGUGCGUCAAUAAUAUUACUUUAACGAUAAUGUAAUAUUAUUGUCACUUAGUUUUCUUAUCGAAAUUGCCAUCUUUACUUCUAUUAUUUGCUUUAAUUUUCUUCCUCUUCCCUUUUACAAGGAUAUAUUCCAUUUUCAUGACGGACAAUUAUUACGUUACAUUACGCGCAGAUAAGUUUUUCUUUUAUAAUGAAAUAACUUAUUCCUUAAUGUAUAAAUGUUUUGAAUAUGUAAUUGGAUUGGUUAUCUUUUUUCUGAGUCUAUUAAAAUUACAAGAUGAUUAUGCAGGUGCGAGUGCAUUUGUAUUAGUUUUAUCGCAAGUGUUAUCUUCGAUUGGUUCUUGUUAAAGAUUUUUGAAAGAGACGAUUGCUUCUUUCUACAAUCAAGGCUAAUAAAGAACUCGGCAAUCGCAUCGCCGAGAAGGCGAUAGUAAUAAAGUAACAAAGAAAGCCCUCAUAUGUGUAAAACAUACAGUAUCAUAUUAGGUAUAUCAAAUUAAUUUAAAUGUGUAAACGAGGGAAAACGCUAGGCUAAUCGUAAAUCGAACUUUUCACGUGACCUUUUUAUUGAGGUUCUACAAUCCUUAAAAAUCUUCAUAAUAACAAGAGUGCAGUGCUGUAAAAACGAAGGGGAGAAGAAGAGAAACGUGUGUAUACGCCAUAAAUGACACUCGACGCCUCGUAAUACGCUCUAAUAAACUGCUUAAAACUCUAAACGGGAGCCGCGAUAACAUAGAUAAGACGAAAUGUAAGUUCGCACAGUGUGAAACAAUGUAUCCGGAAUGUAAAUUGUGUAUAUCAAACGCGAAGCAGUAGUAACGCCGAGAGCGAUUAAUAUAAUCAUAUUAUCUACUUUUGAACAGAAGUAUCAAUCCGCAAUGAAAGAACGUGAAACGUAUAGAUAAAAUUUGCACUCGACUCUAAUAAAAGGGGACUUGAUCGUAUCAGUGUAUAAAAGGAACGCAAAGCAGUGUGAGUGUCGCACUCGGAAUUGCAAAACUGGAAAUCGAAUUUACAAAGAAAAAAGAAGGAAAAGGGAAAGUAAAGAACUGUAAACCAACGGGGUCACGGAACGUCACGAUCAUUUACGUAUCAUCAGGCGCAACUUCGUCGACUUGUCGAAUCUACGCGGUACAAAUCUCAAGGAGGAAAAACGAGGGGGAAACGAACGAAGAGGCCGGCAAACCAACGCGACAAAGAUCUGCAAGACACACCGGAAAACAAAUGUCUAAAAUAUGUGAUAUACAAAACUCACACAGGUGGAAUAAUCAAAAUAAAAGUAAACGUGCUUCUAAUUUUUCGACGUAAACGUACCUUGUAAUUAACGCGUAACCGAUUCCAUCAAUCGCGAUGGUGAAUUAUGUGAUGGUCCUAAGUUGCCGCCUACACGGGCGAAGUGCAUGAAAAGAACAGGAUAAAUAUUGAAAACUAAUUGAAUAAAAUUGAAACCAGGAAGGGAAGAGUGAACAAGAAAAAAAGAGUGCGUAUACGCGGGAACGUACGACGGUGUAUACCAGUGAAAAAAAAAACAAAAUGGAAAGAAACGAAAACGGAGGCAGAGUUGAGCGUUCGAAAUAAAAGAUGUACUGUCCGAGGAACAGUUUUUAAAAAGUAAUCUCGAAUUUUUCAGAGUAAUCAGAUUUUUUUAAUUAUUACGUUAGUGAGUAAAAGAAGUCUAAUUACCUUAUUGUAACAAUGUAAUUUUUCCGGGAGCGGCGCGCGCGCUCCCGUGCGAGGAAAGGAAGCGCCUAUUAGCGAUAUAAUUUUAGACCGAAAUCACCUUUAUUUACGCAAAUGGUAUACAUAUAUAGAUAAGUAGAGAGGAGCGGACUGUCGUGAGACAUCGUUAUUGUGAAUUUUGUUCGGAAUUUAACUACGUAAUUCGUUAUUCUAUGUGUAUAUUCUGUGGUAUCUUUUGUAUGUCGUGUACGGCAAGGAGGCGCAUGAAAAUUGCCUUUCAGCUUACCGACUCAGGAGGAUAAUAUAUAAAUAUAUACAUUUAAAUGUGUAUAUAUACAUACGUAUACACACCAAUAUACAUACAGAAGCGCUGUAUAGCUUAGUGCUACAACAGUCGAACAAAAGAAUUUUGAAUGGGAAAUAUCUGAUAUAUAUGUAUGUAUAUAAGUAUACAUAUUUAUAUCAGAAAUAUUUUAUUCAUAUACACAUUCAGUUACCUUGAGAUUAAAUUUAUCUUUCGCAGAUUUUGUGUCAGAGAUAUGGGGAUGUAUAUAUGUACAUACAUAUAUGUAUAUGUAUUUAUAUACCUAUAUCUCUGAUACGUAACAUAUAUGAUAUGUAUAUAUCUACAAAUAGUACUGAAUGGAAUAGAAGAUAUUAAGUGAAAGGCAUUUUUCGCAGCGUGUUGCAUUAAACUUAAAGGAUGGGAAAAGAUGAGAUGUGUAUAUCGAAUCUUUUGGGUUCUUGAGUGAUAUAACGUAUGGUAUGUUGUUUUGUUUAAUAAUUGUUCAUUUGACGAAAGUUCGUGGAUCUUUUUCUGUCCGACGUUCGAAGCGGAGAAACUGCAGAAGAAUAGCGGCGAUGCAACGGAAGACAGUAUAUGCGAUCGAAUUAUAUUGCAAUUACUUUGCCGGGCACGCGCUUACAAAUGGUUUUCGAUUUUUUUUUCUCUCUCUCUCUCUCUCUCUCUCUCUUUCUCUCCUGUCGGAAUUAUCGAUCAGAGUUUACGCCGCUCUCUAAAUUGGACGUGUGAUCAUAGAGGUUACUUAUCAAAUUAUGUUUCGAAUUAUUUAUCGAAAUUUAUAAAUUAUUGAUUGAGUUUGAACACUGGAUGUUCUGCGUUUACUCUUGGACCGAAUUAUUUUAUUGUGUAUACAUGACUGUGUUGCAAAGACGUAUGUAUUUUGUAAAUACAUUCUUUGUUUUUUUUUUUAUAUUUUCGAUCGAAGCAGUCGAGCCGAAAAGAGAAUCGCGUGCGCACGCAUUCUUUAUCUCUCUUCCGAGGUAGAAUGAAACGAAGCCCUCGGAGAUAUAAAUUUAUCAUCGUCCGUGCGGAGCCGUUUUUCCCUCCUCUCCUGAAUACGCGAGGGGAGCAUUUUUCUGCGAUUUCUACCCCCUCACGUGCACGUGCGAGAGAAGGAGCAACUCCCCGUCACCGCGGAAAAUGUCACUGCCGUUAUCCGUUCAGCGAUUCAACGAGACUUUGUCUCUUAUAUCUCCCGACAUUGAAAUAAUAAUCGCUUGUUGAAUGUCGUACAAAAUUUUCCCCGUCGGCGAGAACGUUGCGAUUCGUUUGUCACUGCAGCAGGACGAUCCGCGACGCGGAUCUUCCGCGUGAAACUCGAGAAAUAUCGGGCUGCAAAGGUGCUGUUAACGCAGCGAAAGUGCCUCGAGAACCGUUUCGCGAUUCUGUAAUUAGAAUCGCAGAGAGCCGUUUCUAGUGAGCGGCAUCAGCGUCUCUUCCUCAGUCGGGAGUCUUUUUGCCGCUGAUAGUAUAACAACUAACGAAACUCACCGGCGACAGUGACAAAUUCGGCCGUGCCGGCGAGUUCUUUUUCUCCGCGCACUUCCCCCAAGUAUGUAUGUUGAGUAAUGUUUCGAACACAUUGUUUUUGCGCAGCAGCCGUGUAUAUAUGUAUGUACGUUGUAGGAUGAGAGGCAGUAACCAAGCGGCGAGCGAUUCGUGGACUCGUAUAAUAACUUCCCGACUGCUUCCACACUCCGCCUGCUCGAGCGUACGCGUUUUACGGCUUACACCCUCGUGACCUAAAACUCCAAAAAAAAAGGGAAAAAGCGAGGAAAGGGAGAAAGGAGGAACACACACACAACACACGCACUAGACGCGAGAGAUAGGUAAAAAUAGGUUUGCACAAAGAACUUCCACGUACAAAACACACACACACACACACACACAGAGUGGGUCGAGACUUUCAUAUUCGGCUGCGGCACGAUUCCAGUGUUUCUCUGUUUCUAGUUGUUGAAUGUAUUAGAGAUAAGACUCGAGAUCACAGCAAUAGCAAAACCCCAUCCUCCACCCCCCGCCCUCCCAGUUGUGUUUGUCAUUUUCACAGUUCCGCGUGUAAGAUCCGCUGACGCUAGAUAGAGCUUUAUCGCACGUUUCCACCAAAGUGACGAUUGUGGUUUCACGAUAUGUUAUGCGAAAUCUUGAGAGCGAGAGGAGCGCGGGCGUCUCGCGACAGAAAA